AUCAAAUGUCAUGCUCAUUAAGUCAUUACGUACACUUAUCAGUCGGUACUACUCAUCAUUUUUCCAACCUGAUAGUAUUAAUUGGAAAAAAGAGCAACAUCCUACAAAAACAAACCGAUACUUUAUUUUAUAAAAGAAUUAUUUCGGACAGCAGUUCAUGACGUGAUGCGGCAAAUGUUUGAAGACAACGUUGUUGAAAUAAUUAUAAGCAAUUUGUUCUUGCUGUCUGUUAUUUACUUAUUGACUUAUCGGAAGUUAAACGUUAUAUGUAUAUGUUAAGUGAUAAACUAAUCUUCACAAGAGAAACAAAAAAAAUUAGAAACUGAACUACUUGUUAUCAGUUGAGAGUGAGCACGAUGAGUGAAAACAUUUUGCGGGGUCCUUCUGUGGAUUAUGUUCCGAGUACCACCUUGGGUCAGUACUUUUUCGAAUCUGCUAAGAAGUACGAGAAACGUACUUGUCAGAUCGAUCCGUUUAGCGACCACCAUGAAUCUUACGCUUCUGUGAGAAAAAGGAGUACCAGAGUUGCCAUAGAAAUGCAAAAGAGAGGAAUAACGUUUGAAGAUGUGGUCGUUACGUGCUCUUCAAGUACCAUAGAUACCGCUAUACCAAUUAUAGCUACUUUUUAUCUAGGAGCUAAAAUUGCUAAUCUAGAUAUUACUUUAUCCGUUAGACAAGUUACCCAUCUGCUGUCUCUUGUAUCCCCAAAGAUGAUUUUUGUUGAAGAAUCUGCUAUCGGUUUAAUCGAAAAGGGUUUAGAGAAUGCAAGUUUAGAAACAGAAAUUGUAGUUUUUGGAGAAUCGUCAAAGUAUAGUACUUUCUCUGAUUUCGUGAAAUUUCAAGAAACUGAAGACCAGUUUGAACCCGUUGUUGUUGAUUUAGAAGAAAUCGCAGUUAUACUCUUCAGUAGUGGUACCACCGGUUUACCCAAAGCUGUAUGUCAUAGCAACCGUAGCGUUCUAAACUUUACGUUCUUCUUUUGCAAUUCUUCUGACCACCUGGACGUAAUCCUUUCGUUCAGUUCUUUUUACUGGAUAACGGGAGUGCUUUUCCUUACUUCCACAUUUAUAGGAGGUGGGCACAGAGUUGUCUGCGGAAACAAAGUAGAAGCUGAAAGAACCUUCAAAGUUAUCGAAAAAUAUAAAGUCACCUAUAUGUUCAUAGCACCGAUUUUGUCUUAUCAGCUUACAAACUUUGAGAAUUAUCAGUCCUAUAAUACCUCCUCGCUUCGUGUUAUAAUGGCGGCUGGUACUCCUUUGAGUACCACUCAAUUUAAUAAAUUGAAUACUAUUUUCCCAGCAGUAGAUAUUAUUGUUUGCUAUGGCCAAUCAGAAGUUGGUAUGGUCUCACUCUUUGACACUAAAUUCGACAAGAAAUUUAUUCGUACGAAGAAUAAAUCUGCAGGGAAAGUUGUUACCGGAAUUACGCUCAAGAUAGUUGAUCCUGAGACAAACCAAAUCAUGGGUCCAUAUCAAAAUGGCGAAAUACGACUUCAAUCUUCCGGUGUUAUGAAAGGUUACUACAAGACCGAUAGUACCGAAGUCUUCGACGACGAAGGUUUUCUGAAAACAGGAGACGUGGCAUAUUUCGAUGAAGACGGUUGCAUAUUCUACGUUGAAAGAUUGAAAGAGAUGUUUAAGUAUUUGUCUUGGCAUAUAGUACCGACAGCUAUAGAGUCAGUACUUUUAGAACAUCCUGGUGUAAAGGAAGCUGUUGUUUUUGGUUUUCCAAGAAACGAAGAAGAGGGAGAAGUUCCUGCGGCCUGUAUUGUUGUCAAUGAAGGUUCCAAUGUUAGCGAAAACGAAAUUGAAGACUUUGUUUCGAGUAGGGUUUCCGAUAGGGAAAAAUUGAGAGGAGGAGUGUAUUUUGUGGAGGGGAUCCUCAAAACACCGACUGGCAAAGUGAAGCGAAAAGAAGUGCGAAAAGCCAUGCUAGAGUGGCUCACCAAGUAGUUUCAAAUGUGUUGAAGGGCCAGCUAAACUAGAAUUCAUAAAGCAUUAUGUUUUUGGUAUUAAAGUGCUUUUCCAUUUUCUGUUUCUAGAAAUAUAAAAUCGCUUAAAACAGCCAACAGCUUCUUUAGUAACUAAAGUGUACUGUACUAAAAAUGUUGAGAAAUAA